CGCGGUGGGCCGGGCGGGCGGCGGGCGCUCGGCGCGGGCCCGAAGGUGAGAAGUGGAGGAACUGCAGUUGAUUCCAAUACUGCAAUAUUAAACAAAAUUACUUUUGGCACUGGGAGGCUGAAUAUCGUUGCUCUUUUUGGAGACAUCAUAUGUAAGAAAUGUCUAAGGCUUUGUAAGACUAUUGGCCAAUAGACUGGAACAUGGAGACACCGCUAGACAUCGUGAAGGAUGACUUGCCCUUAAUGGCCAACACUAGCUACAUGCUUGUAAAGCACUAUGUGUUGGACUUGGAUGUGGAUUUUAAAAGUAAAGUUAUUGAAGGCAUCAUAGUUUUAUUCUUUGAAACUGGGAGCCAGUACAGGAAAACCAGCAGUACUGGCAAAGGCGGCUGCCAGUCACUGUUUGAUGAAACCUGUAAAAGAAGGGCAUCUGAACCCUGCCACAUUCAUGUGACAGGUGCGAGUGACUCUUCAUCUAAACUGGAAUAUUAUGAUUUUGCUGUCUGUGGUAAAGGUGAAGAAGAUCCUUUUGAUAAAAAUGGUAACCAUAGCGACAAGGAACAGGCUUCUGGGAUUUCUAGUUCAGAGGACUGCUGCAAUACAGAGAAUCAUGGAAACAAGGAUUUUGUGCUGGUAUUGGACUGCUGUGAUUUAUCUGUGCUAAAGGUUGAGGAGGUAGAUGUUGCUGCUGUGUCAGGCAUUGAAAAAUUCACAAAGUCUGCCAAGCUAACUGGUGCUUCAAAGGAGUUGGAAGAUGUCAGGAAUCAGAUUGUACAUGAACUUGUGACUUUACCUGCAGAUUGCUGGAAGGAACAGCUAUACUAUUUUACUUGCUGCAGCCAGGCACCUGGCUGUGGAGAGCUGCUGUUUACUACUGGCACUUGGAGCUUGGAGAUAAGGAAAUCAGGAAUUCAGACUCCAGAAGACUUUCCUCAUGCAAUAAGAAUAUGGUACAAAACCAAACCAGAGGGAAGAUCUAUUACCUGGACUACAGACCAAAGUGGCAGGCCAUGUGUUUAUACGAUGGGAUCUCCAAUAAACAACAGAGCCCUUUUCCCAUGUCAAGAACCACCCAUUGCCUUGUCAACAUGGCAAGCCUCAGUCCGAGCAACUGCAGACUUUGUUGUAUUAAUGAGUGGUGAAAACUCAGCAGAACCAGUUCAGCUUCAAGAAGGUGUCUUGAGCUGGUACUACUACGUGACUAUGCCAAUGCCAGCAUCCACCUUCACUAUUGCAGUGGGGUGCUGGCAGGAAGUUAAACAGCAGUCACAGCAGUCCUUCACAACAGCUAUCCAGACAAACACUGAGUUUUCUGUGCAAUCUUCACAAGCUGGUUUCAGAUGGCAUGAAGAAAUCUGUAGUCAUGUGGAAUAUCCCUGCCGUUUCCAAAAUCAUGCUGCCAGGUUGGAGGCAGUCAUUCCUUAUAGAGUCUUUGCUCCCAGACGUCUUAUGGAACUCUGUGAAGAACACUUGCUCCAGCUAAUUCCUCAGUGCCUCUCAGCUGCUUACACCACACUGGGUACACACCCCUUUUCCAGGCUUGAUGUUUUGAUAGUCCCUUCCAACUUUUCCAGCCUGGGGAUGGCUAGCCCACACAUCAUCUUCCUGUCACAAAGCAUAUUACCUGGAGGGAGCCAGCUCUGUGGAACACGUCUGUGCCAUGAAAUUGCUCAUGCUUGGUUUGGACUGGCCAUUGGUGCUCGUGAUUGGACUGAAGAGUGGAUAAGUGAAGGGUUUGCCACUUUUUUAGAAGAUGUAUUUUGGGCUAGGGCACAACAGCAGCUGUCACAUGAUGAAGUAAAAUGGCAGCAGGAAUUGAAAGCUUUACUUCGUUGGCGACGACUCAGAGAUGAGGUGCAGAACUCUGAAGAGGAGUUGCAAGUUUUAAGGCCCAAAAAGGAGACCACAGGAGAACUGAGUGAGUCUGGAGCAUCUAUUGUCAAACAUGGUCUUAAAGCAGAAAAAACCUUCAUGCAGGUUCACUAUUUGAAGGGUUAUUUCCUUUUGCGGUUUCUGGCAAGGACAAUAGGAGAGGCUUCAUACCUUGCAUGUUUACAAAAAUUUGUCAAUAAAUUCCAUGGGCAACUUGUCCUUUCUCAGGAUUUUAUUUGCAUGCUGUUGGAAGACAACCCUGAACAAAAAGAAUCUGGGCUAACUGUAGAAAGUAUCUUCCAGAAUUGGCUUGACACUUCAGGAAUACCAAAGCCUUUGCUGGAGGAGGGUGAGACCUGGAAGGAGUGUCGGCUCGUCCAGCAAGUGAGCGACGAGGUCACAAAAUGGGUUCAGACAAACCAGAGGAUCAAAAAAAGCGGCAAAAAGAAAAGAAGGCAGGAUGAAGUAGUUUUCCAAAAGCUUCUCCCUGACCAGCUGGUCUUACUUCUGGAGUUUCUCUUGGAGGAGAGGACAUUGUGUCCUAGAGUACUGCGGUGCUUAGAGAAAACAUACCAGCUCCAGGAGCAGGAUGCUGAGGUUCGACAUCGAUGGUGUGAACUUGUUGUUAAACACAAGUACGUGCCUGGGUAUGGGGAUGUUGCAAAAUUUCUCCAAGAAGAUCAGGCAAUGGGUGUGUAUCUCUAUGGUGAAUUAAUGGUGAAUGAAGAUGUGAAACAACAAGAACUUGCUCGUAAAUGCUUUGCUGCAGCACAAGAACAUAUGGAUGCAUCCUCAGCCAAAGUGGUGGCAGAGAUGUUAUUCUGAAGAGGAAAUGAUUGUAUCUGACUGGAGCUGCCACUUACAGCUGCUGCUGUUGUUCCAGGCUGUUGAAGGACCCGUCCUCCGGUGCCUACUGAGCUGAUAUCAGUUCUGAUUUUACACACUGGCUCAGUUCAGCAGGAACAGGAGUCGAGCCCUAGAGCAAAAAUAAAUAAAUAAAUAAAUAAAUAAGAAUUUUAGAUGUACCAUUUCUAAGAGUCUUUCAGAAGCAUUGUUAUACUGUUUUCUCUCAAAAACUGCAUUAUUAUAUAUUAUGAUGUCUUGAUGUUAAACACUACAUGCCUUAAGGUGGGAAAGAUACUGCAGCACUGUUUAGAGAGCUGGUGGCUUAAGAUGAGAAGGUAUGUGGCUGUGUAGCACAUCACACAGUAUUGCUCUGCUAACUGACCUCCAGCGUUAUUUUCAGGAUAACCUGCCAACAACCAAAAGAAUGUGCUUGCACUGUGGAUCUUCACUGUCUGUUCCAGCUGUUGUUGUGGUAGCUCUAGACAUCUAAAGAUAUCAUUGUUGACUCUAUAACCACAGUUAUGCUCUACCAGUAACCUAAAAAAUAACUCCAUUUGGAAAGCUGGGGAAAUAAAAAAUGUGCAGAUACUCUUUUAUUGUGACAGAGCAGUAACUUUUACUGCUGUUUCUGUUGCAGGAAAGGUCACAGAGAAACACUUUUAAUAUAUCUCCUACUAAACUCCAGUGGUUCUAGGAUUGCAUUGACCAAGACAUCAAAGGAAGGAUUAUGUGACUGCUAAAACAAUCAUCUGAUAGAAACAUUUAUCUCUCAGUAUUUAUGUCUUCCAGACGCUCACUGUAACGAAAAACACUCAAAAAUGCACACACACAAGACAAACCACGCACACACAUAUAUGUUACUGUGGCAAUAAGUAGUUCUUUAAUACAAUAAAUUUGAGGUUAUCCUUGCUUUUUGGAAAUACAGACAUUCCAGUUUGCAGAUGCCAAGAACUCCUGGUUUGAAUGACUUUAUGCACUCCAGUAACUUGGCCAGCAUUAGUAAUCUCUGAAGUUUGGUGAAACUGUAUUCUGUUCUUAAAAUUCUGUGUUUAACUUCUGUGCUAAAUUAAAAAGACAAUAUAAAAUUAGAGGGAGCUAGGGUGGAGCUGGGGAUGUUAAUUGGCAGCUAAAGUAACUUGAGAAAAGUGACUAUUCAGGUGAUGAGAUGGAACUGAAUGAAAAACAAAGAUCAUCAUUCUCUCUCUGUCUUGUUUAGGUUAACUUUUAAGAGAAAUGUCCAACCUUCCAUUUUCUGAGAACGUCUUCUGUACCCUUGUGCUGCUCAUUUUGCACAGUGAUAGAUCAAGUGUAGUCCUUCUUUCACAGGAACGUCCUGCUCCACUGAUCAGAGGACAUCUUAAUUUUUCCUUUCAGAGAGUAAAAAUUUUAAACCGUAAAAUUUUGUCAACAUAUUUGCUUUCUACACUAUGGUUUUACAUCAAACUCUCUUGUAAAAAUAAAUAUUUUUUUUCAAGUACGUGUAGUCUCUCCAUUGCACAUUGCACAAACUUUGGAAAAAGAAUGACCGUAUUUCUAGUUUUGCAGUGGGAGAGGAACAGCUAAAAAUCUUUAGUUAAUGGACAUUAACAAGAAAACUUAAAUGUGGUAAUUAUUAUUUUUUUUUAAGUUCUUGUGCUUGGUAUUUAAAGUAAGAGCUUACCUCAAUGGUGACUUCAGUUCAAAGAGUACAAUUCCUGUUUACCUCACUACAUUUUCUGAUUUCCCCCUUUCCAGGCACACAGUGUCAAUACCUGAAUUAUGGGACAUUCAGCAACUUCUUUCAAAUGCAGCAGGAGUUAGGAAAUUGUCCAAGAACGUGUUGAGAUGCAACACUGAAUUCUAAUGCAGUUAUGCUCACAGAUGUAGUUAUUAAGGGAUCCCAUUCAGAAAAGAGUUACCCUUCAUUUCAAAAGUUUAUCUGCAAUGUCCAGCAAAGGAAACCAGCUUGUUUUUUCCUUUUCCAUUGUGCAAGAGAAAGAACCCAGGGCUGGCUAAGGUUCUUGCACAGACACAGAAAUUGUAAGCCUGUUUAGCCAGUACUGUUAAGAAGUACAUGGAAGACAAGACAUUACACACUGGCAAGUACUACAUCUUUUUUUUUUUUUUUUUUUCUUUCUUUCAAAGCAAUCUAGUUUUCUUACCUUUUUUCUAAUAUUGAGCACAGCAGAAGUUUAUUUUUCUUGCUACGGCUGUUUCAGUCUGUCUCAGCGGCGUUAACACGACCAUGCACUUAAGCACUGAUUUACCUCACAACAGCUUUGUGGUCCAUCAUGCAUUGUAGCAACUGAGAAAAUGAACAGAACGUAAGACACCAAUGCCAAAUAACCUAAAAAAUGGCAAAGAAGUGGCAGUCCUGACCCUGCAUCUGGGCUUGUAUGGCUUUUUGUUGCAGAUCCAAGCAUUGCUAAGUAGAGCGAGUCUCCAGAGUAAGAAGAAAGCUAAACGUGGCUUCAGAUAGUUAUUGUCAACAUCAGAAGAUGGUCACUCAUCAGAAGCAAGGAAGAAAAGGAGGCUUCUCUGCAUAUUAUAUAGUGGCUUCAUUAACAUGACAUAAGCAUGUAAAAAACUGGGAGUGAUCCAUACAAAUUGUCAUUUAAUUAUUUAAGCUUUUAAUAAGCCCUAGUGAAAACUUAGCAGAAAGAAAAAAUAAACCAUUGUUUUUUAUUUUACUGAA